AUGAUACGGACAAUACUCGAAAAGCAAUCAGAAACGGGAGCUAUUGAUAGUGAUCACAGGGGUAGGAAAGUUGGCAAAGUUGUUCUUGACGACAAUCUAAUUCAAGGUGUUAAGGACCACAUUAACUCCAUCCCGCGAAUCGAAAGUCAUUACCUUAGGGCACAAUCAACCCGAGAAUUUAUAGAAGGUGGUAAGACAUUGAUACAGUUGUAUAGAGACUACAAAGCACUGGCUGAAGCCAAUAAUAAAUCUUUUGUGAAGGAAUCUAUGUACAGACAUAUUUUUAAUACACAAUUUAACAUUUCCUUCUUUAUACCCAAAAAAGACCAGUGUGAGGAAUGCGAGUCAAACAAAAAUAGUCAGAAUGAGCAACGUGAUAAUACGUCAUUUUUGAGGCAUUUGGAGGAAAAACAGCUUGCACGUGAAGAAAAAGAAAUUGACAAAAAACGUUCAUCAAAUGAACUGGUCUGUGCUGUCUACGAUCUUCAAGCAGUUCUCACCGUUCCUCGAGGUGACGUUUCAGUAUUUUAUUAUAUUAGUAAAGUGGCAAAUUAUAAUUUAACUGUUUGUGAAUUACAAAGCAUGCAGGCCUUUUGCUAUUUAUGGCACGAAGGUGAAGCACACAGAGGACCAAACGAAAUUGCUUCUUGUAUUUUCAAAUUUAUCCAGAAGAAAUCUGAGGAGAGAACGAACGACUUUGAAAUAAUUUUCUAUUCAGAUAACUGCGGUGGCCAAAAUAAAAAUAAAUUCAUUAUUGGCUUGUAUCAGUACGCUUUAAAAAUAUUUCUCAACUUGAAAACAAUCACACACAAGUUUUUAAUUCGGGGACAUACGCAAAACGAGGGUGAUUCCGUUCAUUCGGUCAUUGAAAAACAAAUAAAUUUGUCCCUAAAAUCGUCACCUAUUUACACUGCAUAUCAAUACGCACAAAUCAUAAGAGAUUCUAAAAAGAAAGCUCCGUUUUUCAAAGUUGAAGAACUUGAUCACUCAAACUUUUUGAAUUUCAAGGACUAUACUUCACAGAUAGGAAAUAAUUUCAAUAAGAACACUAACUCAGAAUCCAUACAUUUCAAUGAUAUUAAGGUCCUAAAACUGUCUCGUGGUAAAACAAACUCAUUUGAAUAUAAAACAUCAUACAAAGACGAAACGUUCAAAACAAUCGAUUUUACAAAAAAGAGGAAAACUAGAGUCAGCCAAGACUUAAUGGUCGUGGAUAAAGCAUAUUUGAAACCUUGUGGAAUCUUGCCAAAGAAAAAAGAAGAUCUGAUGAAAUUAUGUACCAAAAACCAUAUUCCUCCAUCAUUUCACUCGUUCUACAGUAAUUUGUAA